AUGGAUCCCUCGCAUAUGAUUCUGCCCAAGGGGUUUGUGGUAAACUCCCAGGACAUCUACAAGGAAGUUGCAAGUUAUCCUACGGUCCCUCCCGAGAAAAUAAAGGAAUACUGGAAGGUUCUCGCAAAGCUGUUCGAAGAGAUCUCGACUGGCCCGACCAUUGCACCUAUACCAGGACCUCCGAACAGAUGGGAGCCCCCCGUGUUUGUCGACCGGCCACCGCCCUGGGAGUUGAGACGCCAAGCCGAGAAAGCGAGUGCCGAGGAAGCCUCAAAGACGGCAGAUGCUCCAAAGCCUCAACAAGGCGCGGACACGACGCCAUUGAAGCCGGCGAAGCCUAGUGCUGAGGAGACCUCAGCUCCAGUGGCAGGCUCAUCAUCCUCCAAACCCACUCAAGCACCACCACCUCACCCAAUUCUGAAGAAGUCUCGAGGCGACUCGAAAUCAGGACCACGGCCGACAGCACGCUUUGUAGUCCCCGAUGUCGACGACAGCAAGGAUGACGGGGACGCAUCUUCAGGAAGCGCAUCAACUGCAGGAACGGAUACACGGAAAUCAUCUUCUCCAGCUAAAUCCGAGAAGCGAAAGACUUCAGCACAUACUAAACGGUUCCACGCAUCGAUCGGGACAAAACGACGACCGGCUUUGCCCCGACGGAUUAGUUCCCAGUCAUCGACAGCUUCGGAUAGUGCAUCUAAGGAAGAUGUACCCGCCACCUCAAGGCACCAGGGAGCUCAGCACGCUGUUGCCCCUAUUGCCGAACAGUCUGGUGAUCAGAGCUCGCCUAGCAGCACAGGGUCUACUACCUCGCCACGACGAGGUUUGAGUGCCAAAGCAGCCGGAAAGCGCCCUGCGCCUAAGCAGCCUGCCCAGGAAAGGAUACCUACGCAUCAUCGAGCGGCGGAUCCUAUAGCCACCUCACCCGCGCCCGACAACUCCCGGGAAAAGAAGCCGGUGGAAAUCGUACCCGAAAAAGGCAAGGCUAACCUAAGCCAUGACGCCAGUCCCGUCAAGCUCGAUCGGACACAGAGCACGGAGUUCAGGAGGACACCUCAAGGACGGACGACUCUUCCCAGGUCGCAGUCUCAUAUUGAGCUGAAGGGCACCAGCAUGAGCUCGAGUAAAUCAUUGCGGCGCGCCCUAGCCGCCGAACCGACAGCAUCGACAACGACGGUUGCGGCACUUGGAACUAUUAUUGAUAUCAACAGAAACGAAAUUCCUUGGCCUGGAGCAUCGACAGCGGAAAGCCCGGAGGCGCCCAGCUAUCGCCUACCCCGAGGACCGUCUGCGACGUCUCUGCUCGAAACUCGACUGAUGCCUACCCCACCAAGCGCGACGCCAGAAGUUCCGCUAGCACGGACAAAGAGUCAACUCACUCUUCUUCUCGAAAGAGAAAAGGGCAGGCUUGGUGACAAGCCCCGGUCGAAGCAUUAA